UAGCUCUACUUGUAGCAAAGUCCCUCUCCAUCUCUCGUGUCUCCAGCCAGAAGACCCAACAUCGCCGCAAGGGGCUUCACGCAACCGCCACACCGCAACCAUGAACGGCACAGAGGGACCUGCCUUCUAUGUGCCCUGGGACAACAGCACUGGCAUCGUGCGGAGCCCCUAUGAGUACCCCCAGUACUACCUGGUCUCAACGGCGGCCUACUCCGCCCUGGCCGCCUACAUGUUCCUACUCAUCCUGCUCGGCUUCCCCAUCAACUUCCUCACCCUCUACGUCACCCUGGAACACAAGAAGCUGCGGACGCCCCUGAACUACAUCCUGCUGAACAUGGCCGUGGCCAACCUGUUCAUGGUUUUCGGCGGCUUCACCACCACCAUGUACACCUCCAUGCACGGCUACUUCGUCUUAGGGCGCACCGGCUGCAACAUCGAAGGAUACUUUGCCACCCUGGGCGGUGAGAUCGGGCUGUGGUCGCUGGUGGUGUUGGCCAUCGAGCGCUGGGUCGUCGUCUGCAAGCCCAUGAGCAACUUCCGCUUCGGGGAGAACCACGCCGUCAUGGGCGUGGCCUUCACCUGGGUCAUGGCCAACGCUUGCGCUUUCCCCCCCCUGGUGGGCUGGUCUCGUUACAUCCCCGAGGGAAUGCAGUGCUCAUGCGGAGUCGACUACUACACUCGCGCCGAGGGCUACAACAACGAGUCUUUCGUCAUCUAUAUGUUCACAUGCCACUUCCUGACCCCCAUGUUCGUGAUCUUCUUCUGCUACGGACGGCUGCUCUGCGCAGUGAAGGAGGCUGCCGCCGCCCAGCAGGAGUCCGAGACCACCCAGAGAGCGGAGAGGGAGGUGAGCCGCAUGGUGGUCAUCAUGGUGUUGGGCUUCCUGAUCUGCUGGGUUCCCUACGCCAGCGUGGCCUGGUACAUCUUCUGCAACCAGGGCAGCAUCUUCGGUCCCAUCUUCAUGACCCUGCCGGCUUUCUUUGCCAAGUCCUCGUCCAUCUACAACCCCCUGAUCUACAUCUGCAUGAACAAGCAGUUCCGUCACUGCAUGAUCACCACCCUGUGCUGCGGCAAGAACCCCUUCGAGGAGGAGGAAGGAUCCAGCGCCAAGACCGAGGCCUCCUCCGUCUCCACCAGCUCCGUGUCCCCCGCGUAAGCGACACCCUCGACCACAAACCCCCCCAUGUGAUACCCUAUCGAAGAAGAAGAAGAUGAACACUUACCACUCUCCCCCGGGAAACGACUGAAGGCUGACUUCACCUUUUGUAUCUUACAAACCAUUUGGUGUAACCUAAAGACAGUUGCAGGAAGAGCAGACCCCGACAACAUGUUUCUGCUUCUGUUUGUGUACAGAGAGUCCAACGUAUAAGUACAGUGAGAUUUUUGUUUUCCUCAUGUGAAAGGGAAAACAUAUUCAUCUUUUACAGUUGGAUCAUAUAUGUAACUGGCUUAUUUGUGAAUGUAGAGGCAUGUAAUCAAGGCAACGUAAAAUAAACCGCACUUUGCAAAUGAGCAUUUCUGUUCAUGUUUUACUUACAGAUGGGUUGGAAAAGUACAACUGAAUGUAGUGUAUUUAAAUCAAAUUAAUAAAUGUCAAUAAAUUAUUCAGAAUGCA